GUUAGGUUUGGGGCUUAAAAUGAGAGGACAAAGGCCAUUGUGGAAAUGAAUGGUGCAUAUUGUUCGAGCAGGCCCAUGCGUAUAGGUGUUGCAACGCCAAAAAAUCAUCUGGAUAUCAACAACAGUACUCUUCACAAGGAUUGGUAUUGGCUGGAGGUGGUGGACAUGCAAGUGGUGCCAUUGCCCAAGGUUCUCAGUCUGAUGGCGAGCCCAAUAAGACAACUAUAUUUGUUGGAGGGCUUGAUUCUGAUGUCAAUGAGGAAGACCUCACGCAGCCAUGUUCUCAAUUUGGUGAAGUUGUCUCUGAAAAUACCGGUUGGAAAAGCAUGCGGUUUUGUUCAGUUUGCUAAUAGGAAGGAUGCUGAGAAUGCAAUGAAUAUGCUGAAUGCAACUGUUAUUGGAAAGCAAACAGUUCGUCUGUCUUGGGGUCGCAGUCAAGGCAACAAGCAGUGGAGAUCGGACUCAAGUAACCAGUGGAACAAUGGAGGACAUUAUGGAGGGCAGGGGUAUGGUGGGUACACAAAUGCUGCGCCACAGAAUCCAGAUCUGAGUAUGCAUGCUGCAGCUGCGGUUAACAGGUCUUCUUAACAGGGACAUUGCAGUUGCUAGCCGCAUGUAAACUGAAUUUUUGUGAGUGGAUUUUAGAUAUAGUUGUCAGUGUUGUUAAUUUCUGCAGGAUUGAUUUAGCUGCUUAUUUAGCUAAAUCUGUAAUAUGUGGAAUUUUGUGGCCGGAUUGAAUCAUCUUGAAGUCGAUGUGUGAGAUUAAUACUUUAUUUAGAGUUCUGGGUCUGCCCGAAUUUUUAAA